UACCCAGAAUAAUAAUACCGUUAAUAAUAAUAAUAAAGCCAACUCAUAGAAAUUCUUUACUCUCAUUUUAGAUAACACAGGCAUAUCCAGUUCACAGAAUAAUUGGAUUAGCCUGAACCAAAAUGUAAAUCUGCCUUUGGAGGAUGUUGUUAACAGCAUGAGCUUUGAAGAGACCCUGAGUUCAGUUCUACAAUUUUUAGCUCAAGAUGCACAAUAUAUGGACUGCCUGCAACAUCUCCACAGCACAAAGACAAUUAAAAAAGGCUUCCUAAAGCACUGCAGUGCUUCUCCACAUUCAGAUCUUGUCACUCACAAAGAACCAGCUAUGCCACGGAGCCAAAGUCCAGAGCAUUCACCCGAGUGUCCUCGUGAAGAUGAAGGAAAGGAGGAGCGCAACUGGAGAGAAGAAGCCAAAGAAGAAGAAGAAGAAGAAGCGAAGCUAAAAGACACCCUGAAAACUGCAGAGGAACAUGAGGAGCUGUGUCCCAGGAAGAGACCAGUCAGCAAAUCCCUCAUGGACACUCUUUGGGCAAAGUUUAAAUUAAGCGCGUGCCCCACAGUACAAGACAGGCUGUCACUCUCAUUUGAAUUCAGCAUGACAGAUAAACAGGUAUAACGACCUAUUUCUUCACAGACAAAGUCACUUCUGUAGCACUAUUAUGCAUAUAACCAGAAUCUUGAUUCCUGUACUAAUCA